UAAUAGAGCAAGUUAUUAAAAAUGAUUUCAGAACAUGUGAACUCCUAUGAAUAAUUUGUUGUUAUUGUUUUGAAAUGUUGAUUCAGGCUUACUUUAUGACUUACGUGUUUUGUUUUCCUCGAUUUACAAUGCAUUUUAUAAAUUCACUUGACGCUUUGGAACUGUUGUAGGUGACUACAAAUCGACGACAUAAUGGUCGUUGUACGAGCAUUUUCACUUGUGUCUAGCAGAGCAAGAACGCUGUUUUAUUUAAUAUGUAUUGCUUUUGCUGUUUGGGUGAUACACUUUGCAAAAAACCAAGCAGCAGGGCCUUCUCAAAAUGAUUUGGUGGUUCGUUUUAAACAUUUAAAAAAAUUACGCCAGGAAUUGGAAGAUCAGUACAUAGAGGUGUUACAACCAAUAAAGUUAAGAUUAUUUGAAUUGGAAAAAGGGAAAAAGAAAUACCCGCCCAGUAGAGACUUACCUGAAGGAUAUCGUAAAAGAAUUCUGAUUACUGGAGGAGCUGGUUUUGUAGGAUCUCAUCUGACAGACGCCCUUAUGAUGGCAGGCCACGAGGUAACUGUUGUGGACAAUUACUUCACUGGUCGCAAGCGAAACGUAGAACAUUGGAUUGGUCAUCCCAAUUUUGAGAUGAUAAAUCACGAUGUCGUUGAGCCGUUAUUUAUCGAAGUUGACCAAAUUUAUCAUCUUGCGUCACCAGCUUCUCCCCCACACUACAUGUAUAAUCCAAUAAAGACAAUUAAGACAAACGCCAUUGGUACUCUGAAUAUGCUCGGUUUAGCAAAGAGAGUUCGUGCUCGCCUUUUAUUGGCUUCCACCUCUGAAAUUUAUGGAGAUCCUGAAGUUCAUCCACAACCGGAAGAUUAUUGGGGUCAUGUGAACACAAUCGGACCCAGGGCAUGCUACGAUGAAGGAAAGAGAGUGGCAGAGACAAUGUGUUAUGCUUAUGCUAGACAAGCAAAUGUUGAAGUUCGUAUCGCAAGAAUUUUCAACACCUUUGGCACAAGAAUGCAUAUGAAUGACGGUAGAGUGGUCAGCAAUUUUAUCCUACAAGCACUUCAAGGAAAACCUAUUACGAUUUAUGGAGAAGGACGUCAAACCAGAUCAUUUCAAUAUGUGAGCGACCUCGUUGAUGGACUCAUCAAACUGAUGAACAGCAACGUUUCAAGUCCAGUCAAUCUCGGAAAUCCUAGCGAGCACACGAUAAAGGAAUUUGCUGUUAUGAUUCGAAAUAGAGUUGGGAACAACAGCAGUAGAAUUGUUACAUUAAAAGCACAGGAAGAUGAUCCUAGGAAAAGAAAACCAGAUAUAAAAAAAGCUAAAAAGUAUCUGAACUGGGAACCUAAGGUAAACUUGAUGGAUGGACUGGACAAGACAAUUCGUUUUUUCCGCAAUGAAUUAGCUAGACUUAACGAACAGAAAGAGUUGUGAUUGCAAACCAGCUAUUUCACAACGAAAUAUGUGCAUGGAGAGCAGAGCAGUGGUUAUGAAACCUUGUGAUGGAGAGCAGAGCAGUGGUUAUGAAACCAUGGUUGAGCCAUAGAUUGUCUUUGAUUAAGUUACAUUAGACAAUUGUAGUGGAAAGUGAUUGCAUGAAUUUUCAGAAUUGCGUUUUCGAGUGUAUAACACUUUGCCCACAUUUUCAAAUUAGUUAACAACCUGAAAUCUUCGUCUUAGCCAUACCAGGGCGUCUAUAAGAUAUCUUAUAGACUGAGCGGCCGUACAUACAAGCAGGUGCAGUUAGGGCAUGUAUUUAUAUCAAAUACCAACGCAGUAAAAAUAACCAACCGAUCGAUGACAAAUAUUUAAAGAUUCAUAAUUUACAGAUGUUUUAAAGAGUUUCUGUUUGGACACCAGCCAAGCAAAGUGUUACGCUUUAUUAAUGCCAUCAUUCUUGACAAUGUUUUCUACGACACCAUUAUCAAGAACAUUAAAUAUUAAAUUCUAUUUUUAUUUAAAUAUUAACAAUAAACUUUAACAAUAUUCAAUAAUAAUGCCGUAUGCUCUUAUAGCCUUCACUUUUCAUCUUCGCAAUUUUUCGAAUUCCGGCACUGUCUCUGUACAUGAUAUAUAUUUA